CGUAAAAUGUUGGGGGGUGGGUAGUGUCUCUGGUCUGGCAUCUGCUCCUGCACUCGGCAGUCACCUCGUCAUCCCCUGCCUCUCCAUUUUCACCACUCUGUAAUAAACAGAGCAUAUAUAUAUAUAAAAUAAACCCCAACAGCAAAGACAAAAAGCCCCCAACCCAUUUCACAUUUUAUUAUACUAUAUAUAAAUUAAAAAAAAAAAAAAGCAGAGAAAGCAAAAGAAAUGAAACAAAGAAUCUGAUCAGCUUCCCUUAUUCUCUCCUCUCCUCUCCUCUCCUCUCCUCUGUUUCUCUCUCUUCUAAGUCCACAAUGGACUUUGUGUGAGAAACAGACCCAUAAAGUCCAAAUCCGCCCUUCUCAAUAAUUUCUCAUCUUGUCUCUGUUUUUUCAUGGCAGCUUCUGGUGGGUUGGUCUCUGAGCCAACAUCACAGCAAGAGGUUUUUCAAUGGCUCAAAAACCUACCGUUAGCACCAGAAUACCAUCCUACUCCAGCUGAAUUCCAAGAUCCAAUUGCCUACAUUUUCAAAAUCGAGAAGGAAGCAGCCAAGUAUGGUAUCUGCAAAAUCGUGCCCCCUGUCCUUGCAGCUCCCAAGAAAGCUGCAAUUGCUAACCUCAACCGCUCCCUCGCCGCCCGUGCUGGUUCCUCAGCUUCCAAAUCUCCACCCACAUUCACUACCCGCCAGCAGCAGAUCGGGUUCUGCCCCCGGAAGCCUCGCCCGGUGCAAAAGCCUGUGUGGCAGAGCGGAGAGAACUACACUUUUCAAGAAUUCGAAACUAAAGCUAAAUCCUUUGAGAGAAGCUAUCUCAAGAAGUGCUCGAAGAAGGGAGCUCUUUCUGCUCUAGAGAUCGAAACCCUAUACUGGAAAGCUACUGUCGAUAAGCCUUUCUCUGUUGAGUAUGCCAAUGACAUGCCGGGUUCUGCUUUCUCACCGAUAAAGACUGGAGGGAAGGAGAUGGGGGAGGGGGUAACCGUGGGGGAAACGGAGUGGAACAUGAGAGGAGUGUCGAGGGCAAAAGGGUCAUUGUUGAGGUUUAUGAAGGAGGAGAUACCGGGGGUUACUUCACCAAUGGUGUAUGUUGCUAUGAUGUUUAGUUGGUUCGCUUGGCACGUGGAGGAUCAUGACUUGCAUAGCUUGAAUUACUUGCAUAUGGGGGCAGGGAAGACUUGGUAUGGCGUGCCAAGGGAGGCUGCCGUUGCUUUUGAGGAGGUGGUCCGGGUUCAUGGGUAUGGAGAAGAGAUAAAUCCUCUUGUUACAUUUGCAAUUCUUGGUGAGAAGACCACAGUUAUGUCACCGGAAGUAUUUGUCAGUGCUGGUGUACCAUGCUGCAGGUUAGUGCAAAAUGCUGGGGAGUUUGUUGUCACUUUCCCAAGAGCCUAUCAUUCAGGGUUUAGUCAUGGAUUUAAUUGUGGGGAGGCAGCCAAUAUAGCAACUCCUGAAUGGUUGAGGGUUGCAAAAGAUGCUGCUAUUCGAAGAGCUUCGAUUAAUUAUCCUCCUAUGGUGUCUCAUUUUCAGUUGCUUUAUGAUCUUGCACUAGAACUAUGUACAAGAGUGCCGGUGAGCAUCACUGCUAAACCGCGUAGUUCUAGACUAAAAGAUAAGCAAAAGGUUGAAGGAGAAACACUGGUUAAAGAACUAUUUAUAAAGAAUGUAAUUCUCAAUAAUGGCCUGCUUCAUAUUCUUGGAAAAGGAUCUUCAAUUGUGCUUCUCCCUAGAAGUUCUUCAGACAUUUCUGUUUGUUCAAAUUUACGUGUUGGGUCUCAGUUAAGAGUGAGCCCUUCCCUUGGGUUAUGCAGUGACAGCGUUAUCUUGAAAUCCUCAGAGGAUUCUAUUGCUGAUGAAAUAAUGCCAGAAAGGAACAACAGAAUCAAUCAAGUAAAAGGCCUCCUUUCAGUGAAAGAAAAGUUUGCUUCUUUGUGUGAAAGAAAUAGGCUGUCCUCAUUGAAUAGAAAUGACAGUAUGCAUACUAUGGUCACAGGCAACGAAAAAGGGGCUACUGUUCAUGGUGAUAAGUUGUCUGACCAGAGACUGUUUUCAUGUGUUACUUGUGGAAUUUUGAGCUUUGAUUGCAUUGCUGUCGUUCAACCAACAGAAGCAGCUGCUAGAUACCUCAUGUCUGCUGAUUGUAGCUUCUUUAAUGAUUGGAUUGUUGGUUCUGGAAUAACUAAUGAUGGAUUCCCCAUUGCUGGUGGAGAGACCAAUGCUUCUGAGCAGAAUUCCUCUAUUAAAUGGAUAGAGAAGAAUACUGUGGAUGGUUUAUAUGAUGUCCCUGUUCAGUCUGCUAAUUACCAAAUUCAGGUGAUUGAUCAAAAUAAAGUUGCUUCAAAUACUGAAACACAGAGGGGCACUUCCUCUCUUAGCUUACUAGCUUUGAAUUAUGGAAAUUCGUCAGACUCUGAGGAAGACCAGGUUGAACCAGAUGUUUUGCACCAUGAUGAUGAAAUUAACUUGGCAAACCGUUCAUCUGAAAAUAAAUAUCAGCAUCAAAUCUCUGCUUUGCCUUCUUUCAAGCAAGAGUGCCAUCAUGAUGAAACUGAUGAUCAUAAUCUAUCUUCAUCAAGGCCUGAUUGUGGAGAUGAAGUUACUGUUCAAACUAAUGGUUGGCAUGCAAAACAUGGACAUGGGAAUAGACCAGCCAAUUUCAAGGAUGAAAAUGAUCGAGCUCUUAACUGCUCAGUGGAGUUUGAAACUGAUAAUCUUGCUUCUGUGGAACCAAAGGGUCUGGAGCACACAUUUAGAGGUCCAAUGUCAACAUCACAUAUGACUGGAAAAGCAAAGUUUAAUAGAGUGGGGGUACCAAGAGAGCAUCUGGGCGCUUCAUUUGCCCAAAGGUCUGAUGAAGAUUCUUCUCGCAUGCAUGUCUUUUGUCUUGAGCAUGCUGUAGAAGUGGAACAGCAACUUCGUCCUAUUGGGGGAGUGCAUAUUUUGCUUCUUUGUCAUCCAGAGUAUCCCAAGAUAGAAGCUGAGGCAAGGUCAGUGACAGAAGAACUGGGUAUUGAGUAUCUCUGGAAUGAUAUUACUUUCAGAGAUGCCACCAAAGAGGACGAGGAGAAUAUCCAGUCAGCUCUGGAUAGUGAGGAAGCAAUACCAGGGAAUGGGGACUGGGCUGUAAAGUUGGGCAUCAAUCUUUUUUACAGUGCCAAUCUUAGCCGAUCUUCUCUUUAUAGUAAGCAGAUGCCAUAUAAUUCUGUUAUAUACAAUGCCUAUGGUCGGAUUUCUCCGGCUAGCUCGCCCACUAAGUAUAAUGUUUAUGAAAGGAAGCCUAGCAAGCAGAAAAAGGUGGUGGCAGGGAGAUGGUGUGGGAAAGUUUGGAUGUCAAAUCAAGUCCAUCCCUUCCUAACAAAACGGGAUUCUGAGGAACAAGAUCAAGAGCAAGAACAAGACAGAAACCUCUGUGCUUGGACAAGGCCAGAUGAGAAGCUUGAGAGAAAAUCAGAAAGUACCUGUAGGACUGAAACUACCUCAGCCACCAGAAAAUCUGGGAGGAAGAGGAAAAUUACAGUAGCAAGUGGACCAGGUAAGAAAGUCAAGUGUCUUGAUACAGAAGAUGCAGCUUCAGAAGAUUCUCAAGAGGAUGUUUCUCAUAAGCAGCAUACAAGGGUUUAUAGUAGGAAGCAAAUUAAACGUGUUGAGAGAGAAAUUUCAUAUGAUCUGUUGGAGGAUGAUUCUCAUCAGCGGUGUGGAAGAACUCACAGAAGCAAGCAGGCUAAAUCUGUUGAGAAAGAGGAUGCAACGUCAGAUGAUUCCUUGAGAUGGAACACUCAUCAGCAGCACAGAAGAAUUCUUAGGAGCAAACAGGACAAAUCGUUUGAGAGUGAAAAUGAUGUUUCUUAUGCUUUAGUGGACAACACUUCUCAAAAGAAACAUGGCAGAAUUCCUAAAACUGGAAGGAAGCAAGCCAAAUAUGUUGAGAGGAAAGAAUUUUCAGAUGAUUCAUUGGAAGGUGAUAUUCGUGAUUGGCAUGGAAGGGUUUCUAGAGGCACGCAAGACAAGUUUAGGAGGGAAGAUGCAUUUUCAGAUGAUUCACUAGAGGAGAGUUCUCAUCGGCCACUAAGGAGGGUUCACAUAAGAAAGCGGGGCACUUAUUUUGAAAAGGAAGAGGCAAUUUCAGAUGAUUCACUGGACAAUAGUUCUCUGCAGCAGAAGAGGAUUUCUGGAGGCAGCCAAGCAAAAUUUAGGGAUGAUGAAGUUUCAGAUGAUAUGUUGGAAGGAAGUACGUACCAGCAGCAAACAGGAUCUUAUAGGAGCAGGGAAUCCAAAUUUCUUGAUGGGGAGGGUGCAGUUUCUGAUGACCUGCUGGAGGACAAUACUUGUCAGCAACACAGGAGGAUAUUCAGAACCAAGCAAGCCAAAUUUGUGGAAAGGGAAAAUGCAACUUCGGAUGAUUCAUUGGAGGACACUAUCCGGCAGCAACGCAGAGUGAUUCCUAGAAGCAAAAGGUCCAAAUUUAUUGAGAGAGAAGAUGCAAUUUCAGAUGAUUUGCUGGAGGAUGAUACUAAUCUGAAGCACAGGACGAUACCCAGGAGCAGGAAGGCCAAAUUUGCAGAGAGGGAAGAUUUUUCAGUUGAUCUGCAGGAGGAUGAUGGUCAAUGGCAGCAAAGGAAGGCCCCUAGAGGCAAGCAAACCAAAUUUAUUGAGAGUGAGGAUGUAUCAGAUGAUCUGCAGGAAGAGGAUGCUCAUUGGCAGCUGCGGAAGACCUCUCGAUGCAAGCAAGCUGCAUCUACAGAGAGUGGAGAUGUUUCAGAUGAUCUAGAUGAUGAGGGCAACACUCGUUGGCAGCCCAAGAAGACUCCUAGAAUGAAGCAAGCCAAGUUUAUUGAGAGGGAAGAUGUUUCAGAUGAUCUGCACGAGGAUGAUAGUGGUUGGCAGCCAAGGAAGAUUCCUAGAGGCAAGCAAGCCAAACUUAUUGAGAGGGAAGAUGCAGUUUCAGACGAUUUGUUGGAGGAUAAUUCUAAUAAGCAACACCGAAGGAAUCUUAGAAGCAAGCAAAGGAAACCAGUGACCCUUCGCAAAAUGAAGCGAGGGGCUGUACAGCGCGUGAAACAAGGGACUGCUAGGCUCAAAAAGAACGAGAGUCUCCAAUCAAUCAAACAAGGAAAGCAAACAAAGCAAGAAACUCCUCGGUUUUCAAAUGCUAAAUUUGAGCAUAAUGCAAGACAGCAGUUGGAAUCAGGUGCUGAAGAGGAGCUAGAAGGUGGCCCUAGUACACGCCUUAGGAAAAGGCCAUCAAAACCUUCAAAAGAGUCAGAAACCAAGCUAAAAGAGAAGCUGCAAAACAAUAGGAAGAAAGUGAAGAGUGGUUCAGCUGGGAAGCCCCCAAAUGGGCAGAAGAAUGUGAAACAUAAGGAUGAGGAAGCAGAAUAUCAAUGUGACAUUGAGGGGUGCACCAUGAGCUUUGGGUCAAAACAAGAGCUAGCAGUGCACAAAAGAAACAUUUGUCCAGUGAAGGGAUGUGGAAAGACAUUCUUCUCGCACAAAUACCUGGUGCAGCACCGUCGAGUCCACCUGGACGACCGCCCCCUGAAGUGCCCCUGGAAAGGUUGCAAGAUGACAUUCAAAUGGGCAUGGGCUCGGACUGAACACAUAAGGGUUCACACAGGGGCUCGUCCUUAUGUUUGUGGAGAAGAAGGUUGUGGGCAGACGUUCAGAUUCGUGUCAGACUUCAGUCGUCACAAGCGGAAGACUGGUCAUUCAGUGAAGAAAAGCAGCAAAAGGUUAAUUUAAUUCAGAGAAAUGUAAUUUAACAUUGCAUUGCUCAAUUGAUGACAGGAUAGGGAUAGGUUUAAAGAUGAUAGGAUUAGGUUUUCCCUAUAAUUGUGAUUCAGAUUAACAUUAAUUCCUUUCCCCAUCCCAUUUAUUCACUGCAAUCUGACCAAUUUCUUGGACCUUUUAAACA